ACUCAACAUUUGAAAGGAGGAAAAUAAAUAAACAAAAAAAUGGCGACGUUAGAUCCUAAAGAUGAUAAGUAUAAAUUAUAUGCUUUGACACCGGACAAUGAGCUUAUUCUUUGGGAAGAAUGGAUUAAGAUACGAAAGGAAGAAACAACCGGAUUGGGCAAUUUUAUCAAUAAACCUCCAGUAGAUUUAGUCAUGAACCUGUUGGAAAAGACUAAUGAAAAAAAAGAGUGGAAAACUGCAUUAGAGCAUGCUCAAUUAUCCUUAAAAACACCAUUCACUAGUAGUUCGUGGGAAAAAGCCCAUAGGUUGAGCCAACCGUGCGAGUGCGCACCUGUGUAUGAUGCAGUAAAGACUGCUGCUGAACAGAGGCGUCCUCGUGUUAUUGACCACAUUAGGGUCCCUGAUUAUAUUCAAGUGACUGAAAAGGGACUGACUGGAGUUCGUCAGCGUGUAACACCUGACAAAAUUAAUGCUGAUUUUUACAAGUAUAGAAAAAAGAGAGAAGCAGAACUUAGGACUGCUAUAAAGACUAUUGACCCUUACAGACCUGACAUAAGCGAAUUAGUAAUUAUUGGUAAACGUCCUCGAACUCCACCUCCGAAAAUUCCUCCAUUACCACCAAUUAUCAUUACGGAGCCAAAUGAUUUUCCUAGGGAUCCUCUUAGUGGAAUCUAUGCUCUAAGAGUUAACAACACAAUUGUCUGCAAAAAAAUUACUGAUCAGAAUGUACCUCACAUUAUAAAGAUGCAACAAGAAACUUGGCAUGAAUCAUGUGGGUCAUGGACAUACUAUUUCAAUGCACCUGUACGAAAAAUGGCUAGAAGCAAACUUUUUCUUCAAAACGUAGGUACUGUAAGUUUAAGGUACUGUUGGAAAAGAGUCAAGAGACCUGUACCAUUUAUACCAGAAGAUGCAUAUGAGCAAAAGUUUUUUUUUUGUAAAAAUGAAGACGUGAUUUCACCCGGUCAGCAGAAGGAAAAGUACUUUACUUUCAUUUCCGAUAGACCAGGUAUUUAUAAUGAAACCUGGGAGUUGGCCAUUCUGAACAUCUGUAUGUUUGACACAUUAGCAGACAAGUUACUAGUUGAUUUAGUGGGUGACUCAGUAGAAAAGGUUAAAAAAAAUACUCGAAAAAUUGAUAAGCUUCAAAAUAGAAUUGACAGAAAAGCGGCAAAAACUAUGAUUGUGCACUGUCUUAGAGAUAUUAUUGUUGACGUUACUACAGUAAAGGCAGAGCAGUAUCCUUACAAAAACUUCCUCUUAGAAGCAGAAUUGUUUACGAUAAAGAAUCCUGUAUGUUUUUAUCAUCAAUCUGAAGUUCAGAAAUUGAAAGAGGCUUACACGGCAAUGACAGAACACCAAUGGGAUUUGUCGAUAGGCACUUGGAGGGAGGCGAUGAUUGCAAAAGAAUUUGAUGAAAGAAUGGCGUACUUCGACGUUCUGAAGACAUCUCACAAUAAAGUUUUGCUGAAACCAUUAUUCGAGGGCGACGAGUUAUUGAAAGAGAAGUAUCGUAUAGUGAAUUUAUUGAUGGGAAUGUUGUUGGAUAAGUUUUAUGAUGAAAAAAUGCGAACUGCUGAAUGCAACGGGUCUACGUCAGUAAUGUCUACGAUUGAUGAGUUUGCAUCGCCGUUGCCAGAUACUGGACUAACACCUUAUACAGUAAUGAAUAUCUUUUAUGUGCGUAUGUAUGAGCAUACGGCAGUGUUUUUCGAGACAAUCGCGGGUGUAUUGAGUAGUCUUGAUUUGAAUAGAUGGAUUGAUUUCGAUUUUUGUAACAAAUAA